UCAUCAUUCGAUAGAAAUCAGUGUUCUUCGUUAGUAGUUUUUGUGACAGUUACAUUCAAUAGUUGACUAUAAUAUUAUGUGCAAUUUUGAAAAAUAAGUUUACAGAAAUGUUUAAUUUUUUGAAAUAUUUUUUCAUCAACAUUUUGUUGAUUGUAAGUGUUUAUGCUUAUGAUAUUCAAUUGCAAAACGACUUAGUCGCCGUGUCUAACGCACUUAAUGAUGGCUAUAAAAACAUUAACGAUAUCGACUUUGAUGAUGAAAAUGACGGAUUGUACCAUACAUCGAAACAUGUGUUUUACUGGCUUUACACGAGAGAUAAUACUGACGGUCAACUUUUAAACAGAAGUGAACCACACUUGAUUGAGUCAACAACGUACAAUCCAGCAAAUCCAAUUAAAGUAAUAGUGCACGGUUGGCUUGGUACCACUCAAGAAAAAGAUAGUCUUUGUAUGUGCAACGUUAAUUCUUAUUUUAAGGUGGGCGAAUAUAAUGUGAUCUGUGUGGAUUGGAAACAGUAUUCGACUGAUUUAUCAUAUUCAGUUGCAAGAGCACGAGCCAAACACAUUGCUCACGAUAUAGCUAAAAUCCUGACCAGGAUAACGUCUAACAUGACAGAAGGAGUUGAGACUUUGCAUUUGAUCGGACACAGUAUGGGAGCUCAUAUUGUCGGAUUCGUAGGGAAAGAAUUGACCAAUAAGAUUCCUAGAAUUACCGGAUUGGAUCCUGCGAAGCCACAGUACGAAAACAAAGGCCCAGCAGACAGACUCUAUAUUACCGAUGCGCAUUUUGUAGACGUCAUGCACACUAAUAGUGGCAAUAAUGGGAUUAAAAAAUCAAUCGGUCAUAUCGAUUUCUUCCCAAACGGAGGAAAGAGACAACCCAAUUGUGGAUUUUCAGACAGAACUACGGGUUCGUGUAGCCAUAUCAAAGCCUAUCAUUACUACGCACACUCUAUAUGGGCCAAAGAAGAUUAUGUGGCACGUAAAUGUUCCAGUUGGGAUGACUAUAAAGCGCACAAGUGUGACAAAGCCAACAGCACUUUUAUGGGCGAGCACGUGGACAUAGAGCAAACCGAAGAUUAUUAUUUGGAAGCGUGCGAAGAGGAUUGAGGCCUGAGACCUAUAAUUGAGGCCAUAUAUUAUAAUCGCGUUGAACGAUAGAAUUUUUAUUUGAUUCGUGUACUUACUAUUUAAAUACAGUGCGCUUAGGGUAAUUCUUUUUUUAUGUCAAUAAGGGUUAAUAUAUAAUUAGUUAAAUUAAUUAUUAUUUUUAAUCAACAUGCAUUUAUUAUUCAAGGGUGGUUUGGGAAAACAUUUCGGUGUGGGAAAAUUGUAAAUAGAUCAGCACACAGCCAGGAGGUUCAUAACCUCUUAUGGUGCACUCACUUUUAUAUUAUCUGAUUUAUCUUUUAAUUAAACUUUUGUUUAAAACAUUAUUUUCUUAAAUAUUGUUAGUUGCCAGUCAAUACAUUGUGUUAAAAUAAAUAUUUUUGUGGCUAA